GGGAUCCGUUCAAACCAUUUCGAGUCACUGGCUUGACGUGCCGCAUCACGGAUCCGGGACCGGUGGGCCGCGCGCGAUAAUUUAACCAAGAAUUUUGACGUUUCGACAGUGCGAGUUUACUCGGAAGAUACAAAUGGUUCCAAGUGCCGCUACGCGGAUCGGAGCAAGUCGAGUCAGUCCUUGAAGUCCAGGCACCUGGACUGCCGGAGUGUCACGUUAAACAGUGAGAUCCGAUAAAGAGGAACCGAUCGGAGUUUACCGUGAGAGACGUUUGGCUCCUGAUGAAUUGGCCCAGUUGGGUCCAGUUGGCUUGAGGGUGAUCAGUGCUGUUUCUCAGACCCAGUGUACCAGUGCACGAUGCGAUUCUAGAAUAGGAAUAAGGUAUCGUGAAGCGAGAAUAAGAGACGUGGGAUUGCCUCGGUGUACGAGGACUUACGUGUGAUUAGUGAUUCUUCUAUUCAGCAUGUCCCUAAAUAGGGGCCUGAUCAUUUGAGAAGGAUUUCCGAGAGGUGCGAACGGCUGAUUAGAGAAGGUGGAUCCGUCGCGAAUACACGAGCGGGUAAAGAUGCUGGAGAGUACUUGCUGAGAGAGUCAAUUGAAAUAAUUGUGAUUACGAUUGAUUAUAAACAGUUUGAUAAGAGAGAGUGAUAAGAGAAAGGGGUGAUAAAUUUAUCCUGGAUAAUGUGUACCACGGAAAUGACAGAGGCCUGCACGAUGUCACCGUCCACAGCAUCCAGUAGAAGAUCAUCCGGUUGUGUAGGUUCACCGAGUCAUCAUCGUCGGACACCAUCCAGAAGUCCUGCGGCACGUGCUGAGGCCCAGGAAGACGAAGAUGAGAUCUCCGUUGGGUGUCCCAGUCCUCUUCCUCUGGUACUGGUUUCUCAGAACGAUGACGAGGAGAGGCUGAGCUCAUCCAGAGAUGAGUACAACGAGAGACUUAGCCCUAGAAGUUACCAGGAUGACCUGGACGAUGACGAGAGGUACUCCAGAGAUGAGGAUUACAGGUCCUCACCAGGAAGACGGGUACCGGAAUCCAGGAUGCUGGACAGCGACGUGACGUCCCUUCGGGAAGAGGAUAGGACGGGAAACGGAAACGGCGGCACCGACGACUAUUUCAAACCGUUGAAAAGACUGAAGAUGGUCCAAAUUCAACAGUCGGACGAAGAGGACGAACGCGAACGGGACUCUAAUGAACGUGGAGUGAAGUCCUUCAGCAUCCUUGACAUUCUGUCACAUCGGCCAAAGGCGAAAAUCGUGCGUCCUUGGGACACGGUCGAGAGCAGUCAUACUCAUUUAAAUCAUCAUCAUCAUCAUCAUCAACACUCUGGACCGCGUGAUCUGUCUCUUAUGGGAAUGUCACUUGCAUCCAUGUCCGGGUCCAUGAGUGAACCCCCGCUAAGUAGUUCCUCUUCCUCUGGACGAAGUUCCGUAUCCGAUUCGGGCAGUCCUGAUCCUCUGGCUCAUCAUCAUCAUCAUCAUCAUUCUCUGCAUGGCAUGCAUCCUGGACUUCAUCAUCCGGCCAUGCAGCAGCAAUUCAAGAGGAAGGUACCUCAGCAACAUAAUUCCCAGGGUGGACAGAACGGCAAAAGGACUCCCGGUCAGGGCAGUCCGCUGGAUGCUCUCUUUCAGAUGACCAGCAAAACCUUCGAUGCCGGCGAACACAGUCAAGAACAAGCCAACCAUCUGAACCUGUUCAAUAAUCGGCAGCAGCCCAAGAAGAAGCGCAAGAGUCGGACGGCCUUCACGAACCAGCAGAUUUUCGAGCUCGAGAAGCGGUUCUUGUAUCAGAAAUACUUGAGUCCCGCUGAUCGGGACGAAAUUGCUGCUCAGCUUGGUCUCAGCAACGCCCAGGUCAUCACCUGGUUUCAGAAUCGACGGGCGAAGCUCAAGCGGGACAUGGAGGAACUGAAGAAAGAUGUACAAACUGUUAAUCCUCUGUUGGUGGCGCAGCAUCACAAGACUUUUCUGGAGAAUGUCCAGGACUUGGGUAUCCUCAAGAAGAGGCCACUGCCCAAUUCGAUGGACGAUAAGUCAUAGGUAAUCGGGACUUUUCGAAAACGCGACGGAUAUCGUUGAAGCAUAUUAAAACGUCAUUCCCGACGAGCGAUGGAUACUUGACAAAUUUUCCCGAGACUCGAGGUACCAGAUUUCUCGUGCGUUUAUGAUUUUUGCAAAUUCUCCAAUAAGUCGCGAAAAAUAAAGUGGGCGGUCGAAAUGUUUGCGAUUACAAAAAAAAGAAAUACAUAAAAACUCUCAAUUCGAUUUCGUAACCCAAAUUUUUGUCAUUCCUCUCGAUUCGACGUGACGACGAAAAAUCGAUUCGGAUUUGCGAAUCGAGAAUAUCUAAUGUUAAAUCGAUCGGUAACUAUGAAACCAUAGUGGACUGCUGCACCGGGAGCAGCGUGCUGUAUUAUAAUGUAUUUAUUAUAUAAAGAAAGUUCGCGCCGGGCGAACAAGAUCGAAGUUAAUAAAUUAUUAAUAAACAUAGCCGAUAACUUAUAAGCCUCGCCACGAUCGGCUAACGAAACCUGUAAAUAACUUGUACAUAGAGAAUAUUGUCAUCGAUGAUCUUUUUUUUUCCCCCCCGUUAUUAAAAGCAUAAGCAUUAGGCACAACUAUAUAGGUUAGUAUUAUAAACAAUAGAUGGGACACUGCAAUAUACCUAAUUGUCGGUUUUAGAAUGGUUUACGAUUUUUUUCUAAGAUGCGAAGAAUCGCACCGAUGCGCGCCGUAAGCGAGCAGCGACCCAGGCGACGCCUGACGUGAUGCAUGAGAAAAGCGAAAGAUUGAAGAACAAAGUCAAAAAAGCAAAAAUAAUAUCAAGAACAAUGAAAGAGUAUAUGUACAGAAAAAGAACUUGGUACAGUGUAAUAGCGAACUUUAAAUAAAUGGAGAUAUGCUUAAGAAGUUA